UAGCCGGUGGCGUUUACGAGACUAUCAACUGGUGAAAGUGAGCGGAGUUGGAUGGAUGCGGAAGGGUUUUUUCUGAGUUCUGAAUAAACAAACUGUAUUUUUUUUUUUAAACGAAACGCCGUGUUCUGCUUUAAAGGGAUUACGAUGCCUUUGUUUUCCGCGAAUCCGUUCGACCAGGAUGUGGAGAAGGCAACGAAUGAAAACAACACAGUAGAGGACUGGGGCCUUAUUAUGGACAUCUGUGAUCGUGUAGGAACUACACCUAAUGGAGCUAAAGAAUGUUUGAAGUCCAUCAUGAAGAGAGUAAACCACAAAGUUCCACAUGUUGCAAUGCAGGCUUUGAGUUUGCUGAGCGCCUGUGUUUCAAACUCUGGGAAGAUUUUUCACUUAGAAAUAUGUUCUCGAGACUUUUCCAGUGAGGUCCGGAGCAUAUUAAAUAAGGCUCAUCCAAAGGUUUGUGAGAAGCUGAAGGCGUUACUGGUGGAGUGUGCAGACGAGUUUCAGAAAGACCCCCAGCUCAGCCUCAUUGGUGCAACAAUCAAGUCUCUGAAGGAGGAGGGGGUGACUUUUCCUAGCUCUGGCUCACAGAGUACAGCUUCUACAAAGACCAGUACUCCUUCUCCGAGUAACAUUGCAGAUGAUGAUUUAGCAAAAGCUAUUGAGCUGUCCUUGCAGGAACAACAGCGUCACCCAGAGACUCGACCGCUUGCUCUCCCAGCGGACCCACCCUUCAAUAACAAUAAAGACUCUCGGAAAGUCCGUGCCCUCUAUGACUUUGAGGCAGUGGAAGACAACGAACUCACGUUUAAAGCAGGAGAACUUCUCAUUGUUCAAGAUGACAGCGACCCAAACUGGUGGAAAGGAGAGAACCACAGAGGAGUUGGACUGUUUCCUUCUAACUUUGUAACAACUAACCUGAACGCAGAGCCUGAACCAGUAUUUGUAGAGAAAACCAGCUUGCCAGAAGAAACGAAACAAGAAACUAAAGAGGAAGCUGAACCUGUUUUCAUAGAUGAGGAAAAGAUGGACCGAACCCAGCACUUACUCCAGAACACUGACCCUGCGGAUACACAGCCUGACUCUGCAGAAUUAUUACAUUUGGAAGACGUUUGUCAGCAGAUGGGUCCAAUGAUUGAUGAAAAAUUAGAAGAGAUUGACAGAAAGCAUUCGGAGUUAUCAGAAUUGAAUGUGAAAGUUCUGGAGGCCCUGGAACUUUACAACAAGCUAAUGCAUGAGACUCCGAUGUAUUCCGUCUAUUCUAAGAUGCAACCUCAGGCACAUUACCCACAGACGUCAGCUGGUGUCCCAAUGCAGGCAUACCCUGGUGCAGCUCAAAGUGCAACAUAUAUGGCUUCAGGCAUUCCUCAAGUGACUGGUCAGGGCUACAGUUUAGGACCUGACCAGAUUGGCCCUCUGAGGUCACUUCCUCCAACUGUUAAUUCAACAAGCCAGCCUGGCCAGACACCAUACAUGAGCGCUGGUAUCAAUGCAUCUUACAUGAACCAUGCCCUGGGUGGCCCCGCCCCUUACCCACAGCAAGUAGGAGUGGCCAUGGACAUGUCGUCUUAUCAGAACAGUAAUCCCAACAUGACUCAAGCAUCCAGCUAUCCAAUGGCAACUCAAGCUCAUCCUGCCCCACAGCAGCAAGCUAACUAUUACCAGCAACCUCUCCUUUAAAAACAACAAAAAAACUUUAGUGCAUUUCAUUGAAACCAGUUCAAACAACAACAAAAAAGUUAUAUCACAUGGUUUAAAUCAUGGCAUUGAAAUAAUCCUGUUGUAGUUGGCAGGUCUAGAACAUGAUGUCAGUAUUGACAUUGAAAGUUAGUGAAUAGUUGGCUGUCUGAAGUCAGGAAUGAAAACCAUGCACAAUCCUUGUUCAGUUUUUAAAUUAUUUUAAUUAAAAACGUUUAUUAAUUUGAAACCAUUAUCUCCCUAGGUUUCUCUUGCCAUUCUUAAAACCUUCAUUUUGAAGGUAAAAGGCAUCUUAAACUAAAUGAUUGCUGUCAGUCUAAAGGCUUUGAAAAACAGCAGUCAAUCAAGUACCCAGACGAGUUGACUGUGUGUUGUCGCCCACCCCCCCCAAACCACUACAGUGUGGCAUUAGUGACUUGUUGUAUCAAUUUUGAGACGCCACGUGAGCACCAUAGUUGCAUACGGCUUUUCAUUAAAAAGUUAAUCAGUUCUGUCCUCAAGAUUUCUCUUGAUUUUUAUGUGCUUUCAGAAUUUCAACAUACCCAGUGACACCGAGAUUGAAACGUGUGGUUAAAUUUAACAGAACAGUUGCAGACCCUCCUCCAUAAAAAAUGUAAUCAAACUUUGCAAACAUUAAGAUCUUAAUACCUGGCUGUCAGAAUGUCACAUAACUUUGAGAUAUUACAAAGAAGUGUAUUUUCUUUUUCUGUGUGUUUUUUUUUUUUCUUCUUUGCGUCCUGUGUUUAGCACAUAAAGUCACUAUGUUAAGAAAUAUAGGUUUGGGUGUUUAGUUAUUAGUAUUUUUUUUUUUCUCCAGAAUGUAAAGCCUGUUUGAAAUGUCUUUUCUGAAUUAGAAGUGUAAAAGAUCUGUGCUCUCUGAUAAUCAGUCUACUGGAUUCCACCCUAUUGUGCAUGGUUUACUUCCUACUGUAGAGAAGUGGAAUACUGCAAAACUGAUUUUCACAUUCAGCUGUUCCGUUGUCUGUGUGCCUUGCAACCAACCUUCCCACUGUCCUAAUUCUUCCAGACUCAUACUUUCACAUAUAGACAUCGGUAAUUAGCAGUGGCGGGGCAUCUUUUUAUAAGCUGUUGCUGUCAUGGCCUAGAUAAUACAGCAUUGACGGGCCUGUUUCGUUAUGCAGUACACAUUUUGAGAUGCAAAGACUAGUUUACUGUGCACAGUGAGAUGGAAACUCUAGUUUAAUGUUAAUUUAAUAUUUGUAAAUGACAACUCGUGAUUUAUAACUUAUUUCUUUGUGUUCUUUUGAAAAAGGUAAAUACCUGUAUAUGUAAAUGCUUUACUGUCUUUAUGCAAGUGAAAACUGGAUUGAAUUUUCAUUCAGCUUUCUCUGGAAUCUCAGUCCUCUUAAUAACCACAUUUAAUUUCAAGGAACACUAGCAAAUUGCAACUAAAAAUUGGCAUGGGGAAAUAAAAUUUACAAAUAUAUCAUUUGACAUACUUAAUGUGAUAUUAUUGCCACUCAGUUUUUGGAAAUGUAACUAUGAAAAGAACAUGAUGUUAAAAUAAACUUGGUGGGAAAUGUAUUUUUAUAGGCACAGGAGGAGGAAAUCUGCAAACAUGUUUCAAACGCUGAUGGGCAUUGGUUAGCCUGUACAGUUGCGGUUAAAUUGUAGUGUACUUUAUGUUCAUUAAUUCUGUCAUAUUUUAAUUAUAUAAAUUCUGAGAAGCAUUUAUUUUCCUGACACAUUGAAGUCCUGUACAUUGUUGUUAUUGCACCUUACCUUUCUGUAGAUCUAAUAUAAAAAGAAAAAAAAAAUCUAAUUACUGGCUACCUUCCUUUCUUUAAAACAACAGGAGAGGAGUUCAUUUAAAAAGCUGCUGUACAUGAUAAGCUAUAUCAUAUGUAAGGUUUCUUUGGGAAGUUUAUAUUCAGUGCUUGCACAUAUUCUUGUGAACCAUGUUUUAUAACAUUUAAAUUCUUAAUCUCUUGUUAUAUUUGCAUUGUACAAUGUUUCAUUUGUAAUUACUGGUGUAUACUAAGAAGCCUUUAAAAUAAAUGUCAUCCUGUAGUAGCAGGUUGUUGUAAA